AUGUCUCCCUCCCUGUCUGCCUGCUUCUGUCUUGGGCUGUGUCUGGGGCGCGUGAUACAAGCUCAGCUGGGCCUGCUCCCCAAGCCCUCCCUCCAGGCCCAGCCCACCUCCCUUGUGCCCUGGAAAACGCAGGUCACCCUCCGUUGCCAGGGGCCCCCCGGUGUGGACCUCUACCGCCUGGAGAAUCUGAGGUCCGGGAGGUACGAGAACAAGGCGGUCAAGGUCAUCCAGGAAAUGACACCGGAUUUAGCCGGACCGUACCGCUGCUCCUACCAGAACGGAAGCCGCUGGUCUUCCCCCAGCGAGCAGCUGAAGCUGGUUGUUACGGGAGUCUAUGAGAAGCCCACGCUCACGGCCCAGCCCAGCCCGGCGGUGUCCCCAGGAGGGGAUGUGACUCUGCAUUGUCACAGCACGUUUGGUUUUGACUGCUAUGCUCUGUACAAGACGGGGGACAAGGGGCCAAACAAGGGAACGGACAGGUGGUACCAGGCCGACUUCCCCAUCACCACGGUGACAGCUGCUCACAGCGGGACCUACCAUUGCUACAGCUUUUCCAGCCAAGAACCGUACAUGUGGUCGGCCCCCAGCGACCCCCUGGAGCUCGUGGUCACAGGGACCACCGUGACACUCAGCAGGGUACCCGCAGGAGCACCUUCCGCUGUAACAGAGCCUUCUAGGAAUAAUAUCACCAUCUUUACAGAAAGGCCAAUCUCUCCAACUGGUAUCCUGGGUAACCUGGUCCGAAUAUGCUUUGGGGUUGUGAUUCUCAUCUUCCUGGUGGGGAUCCUGGCAGAAGAUUGGUACAGCCGAAAGAAAUCCCUGCAAUACCUGGACCGAGCAGUCCACAGGCCACUGCCACCUCUCCCUCAGACUCAGAAAUGACACAGUUAGCAGGAUUGGGGUCGACCAGAUGGCC